CCUUGCCACUCAGCCCACCCUCACCUCACUGCCGCUGGGCCUCGUCGCUCCAACUCGCCCUUCCCCGGCUGCGCCUCCCCUCCCGCACCCCAAGCUGCAUGGCAUUCUGCCCUCCUUCCUGCCCCACACCUCCACUCCGUCCCUAUGGUCUUUCAUCUCACCGCACACCGUCCCUACGUCCCAGCCCCUCGUCGGCCCCACCUCCUUCAUAGCUGUGUCCAGCCACUUUCCGUCUCAUCUCAGUUCUGUUUUCACCUCCUCGUGUAAUUCAACAAGGCUCGAAACGACGGCUUUUACUCUUUGAGGAAAGAAACGAGGAACUAUAGAGUCAGAUUCAAGAACAAAAGGGAUGAUCUCGUGAAAGUUGGCGAGGAGAAGAGUUCCAGUCACAAAUGCACAUGUGGUGCAUUUUGACACUUACUGCUAAGAUGAAAUGCAGAAGUGAAAACCACACAUCCAUUUUAGUAUUCUAAGAUGUGAUUAGACAUGCUGUAUCAUGUUUUUGUGCUACUGACCCAUAAGGAAAAAAAAAAAAAUCACUGGAAAAGGGUAACAGUACAGCUGGGACCUGCAACCUCGAUACUUCUGGGAUGAGCUGGAACAUCACGGGAGAUUUUAUUGCAACAUAUUCACACCUCAUCUGAGCCCUCAGCCUAGAUUCAUGCACAUUUCCUUCACUGGCAGUUGUCACGAGGCACUUUACCUCCCAGAAUGGCAGACACUCUCCCCACAGAGUUUGAUGUGGUUAUUAUAGGGACAGGUUUGCCUGAAUCCAUCCUUGCAGCCGCAUGUUCAAGAAGUGGUCAGAGGGUUCUGCAUAUUGAUUCAAGAAGUUACUAUGGAGGAAACUGGGCUAGUUUUACCUUUUCAGGAUUGCUUUCCUGGUUGAAGGAGUAUCAGCAAACCAGUGACAUCGAGGACAAAAGUACCACUGCGUGGCAAGACCUGAUCGAUGACACAGAAGAAGCCAUCACCCUUCGUAGGAAGGAUGAAACCAUUCAGCACACAGAAGUGUUUUGUUAUGCCAGUCAGGACAUGGAUGACAGUACUAAAAAGGUUGAUGCUCUGCAGAAAAACCCUUCCUGUGUGGUACAUGGCACCCUCACAACACCUCUGGAUUCCGCAUGCUUGUCUGAGGAAACACACAUGACUAGCUGCAAAGUGCCUGCCGAAGACACUCCAAAAAACGAGGGAGAAGUUUUACUAGAAGCAACCAAUAUAGAGGAAACUCAAGCGAAAGAAAAAUGUAAAGAUAAAACUUGUACACACACAAUUUCAGACAGAGAUGAAGACGAAAACAGAUCUGUAGUGGAAGACAGCGCUGAGCGACCAAAGAGAAAUAGGGUUACGUACUCACAGAUAGUUAAAGAAGGCAGGAGAUUUAACAUUGACUUGGUAUCAAAGCUGCUCUAUUCUCAAGGAUUGCUAAUUGAUCUUUUAAUCAAAUCAAACGUGAGUCGUUAUGCUGAAUUUAAAAACGUAACUAGGAUUCUUGCAUUUCGAGAAGGAAAAGUAGAACAGGUGCCUUGCUCCAGAGCAGAUGUAUUUAAUAGCAAAGAACUCACUAUGGUUGAAAAGAGGAUGCUAAUGAAGUUUCUUACGUUUUGUUUGGACUAUGAACAACAUCCUGAUGAAUACCAAGAUUUCACACAAUGCUCAUUUUCAGAAUACUUAAAAACUAAAAAAUUAACCCCCAACCUUCAACAUUUUGUGCUAUACUCAAUUGCAAUGACAGAGUCAUCCUGCACUACCGUAGACGGCCUUAAAGCAGCAAAAAACUUCCUUCGGUGUCUUGGACGGUUUGGCAACACUCCCUUUCUUUUUCCCUUGUAUGGCCAGGGAGAAAUCCCCCAGGGUUUUUGCAGAAUGUGUGCAGUGUUCGGUGGAAUCUAUUGCCUUCGCCAUAAAGUACAAUGCCUUGUAAUUGACAGAGAAUCGGGAAGAUGUAAAGCAAUUAUAGAUCACUUUGGUCAAAGAAUAAGUGCUAAGCAUUUUAUUGUGGAGGAUAGUUACCUUUCUGAGGAGACGUGCUCAGAUGUGCAGUAUAAGCAGAUCUCCAGGGCAGUGCUCAUUACGGAUCAGUCUCUGCUACAGGCAGAUUCGGAUCAGCAGAUUUCCAUUUUGAUCGUGCCUCCAACGGAACCGGGGGCGCAUGCUGUUCGGGUCACGGAAUUAUGUUCUUCGACCAUGACGUGCAUGAAAGACACCUAUCUGGUACAUCUGACCUGUACAUCUUCUAAAACAGCAAGAGAAGACUUAGAAUCAGUGGUGAAGAAAUUAUUCACCCCGUAUGCCGAAACAGAAAAAGACAAGGAAGAACUUGCAAAGCCAAGACUCUUGUGGGCUCUUUAUUUUACUAUGAGAGAUUCCUCAGGAAUCAGCAGAAGCUCAUACUGUGGCUUACCUUCCAAUGUCUAUGUCUGCUCUGGGCCUGACUGUGGGCUGGGGAAUGAGCAUGCAGUCCAGCAAGCCGAAACGCUUUUCCAGGAGAUCUUUCCAGGUGAGGAAUUCUGCCCCCCACCUCCAAAUCCAGAAGACAUUAUCUUUGAUGGUGAUGAUAAGCAACCAGAGGCUUCUGGAACCAAUAAUAUAGUAAUGGCCAAACUGGAAUCGUCUGAAGGAAGCAAAAACCUAGAAAGCCCAGGGAAGCACCUUCAAAAUUAGGAAAAAAGCAAACUGGAAAUGCUACUUUGGGCCUUCAUCCUAGCAUGAGAAUCUUCUUGUUUAAGGACAGUUUUCUAUGAGAGUAAUUAGAAGUGGUUUACAUGAUGAGUGCUAUGCAGCUGUUGUCUUUAAUUCUGUUUGAGACUUUCAGUCAUUGGUUGUCUUUGUUAACCUAUCAGUAACUGAUUUAUUGGUUAUUGGACUUUUUUUGUUUGUUUCAGAAUGCAUUCCAUGAUCCAGAAUCUUAAACAGAGUCAGCUUUAUUUUAGUCCAUAUUAGCAGCUGUGCUUUAUUAAAGGAAGGUCAUGUAUCUGCUAAUGACCUUCAGAUUUUAUUGUCUACAAUGACAAUAAGUAUUUUGCUUUGCAGCUAAUAUACAGUUACUACCACCUCUGAAUAAAACACAGUAAAUUUGUAUAAAAUAUAAACGUACAUGUAUAUAAUAUAAAUACAUAUACAUGGUAGCAAUAGCAGCUAAUGCAAGUGCCAAUAUGAUAAAGUACAUUUGUCUUAUUAAAAGAUGAACUUUGCAUGAUCCUUUAUCUGUGAAGGUAUGAUGUUUACAGUAAGUCUUGCAGUUUAAUUCUCCUACUUGACCCUUGUAACUGAGGAGGCAAUGUUGCCACCAUGAUCUACUUUAGAAAAAGUGCCAGAGAGUUCUGUUAGUUGUUGAAGAGCUCAUUCUUAGGAGAGUUAGUCCAAAAAAAUCUAGAGCAUAAGGUUGUCAUUUAAUUUCUACAGACCCCUGCUCUGGCACCUAAAAGGAUUUCCAACAAGUAACGUAAGCCAAAAGGAAAAAAAAAAUUGAGGAAAAAGACAUUUCACAAUGACUGUUCUGAAGUUCCUAAGGAGAAACUAAGUCACUUUUUACCUGGGAUUGAUUUCUCGAGGUUUCUCAGUGGGGGCGAAUGUUGCACCUUGUUGGCUCUACCCUGUAAAUAGCGACACUAACUGCAACCGAUAGGAAUGAGUCAGGAGGAUUUACCGUGUCCCUUCAGUUGUGUCUCACUCCACGAGUAGUGAGGUAACUGCUUUCAUAAUCACUUCUGCCUUUGGGCUGUUACUCUAGAGGAUAGAAACAUUUUUCUAGAACCACCAGAAGUUAUAAUGCUGUUGUUACUCCAGUGGGGGAAGCCUGUGUGGAGCUGUCGUGAACUUCCCUUUUAUGCCAGUUCCCAUUUCUCAAGAGAAUAGUAAUCCUGUAGGAAGAGAGCCCUUCAGUGACAGUUGGUUUCCCCCCCCCCCCGCCCCCGGAACAAAGAGCAUUUACCACAUGCUAGGCACUUGUGCUCUCUCAUUACAGUUUCUCAGUCCUGUGAGUCAGAUGUUAAAAUCGAAUGUAUUUUCAAAGAGCAAAUAAAGAUUUAAUUAAUAGUU